AUGGUGCCCAUGAGACUCGCCAUGGCAAGCAUUCUCGAUGCCAUGCUCUUUUGGCUCGCGCGGCAGCCACUCUUCGUCAGCGAGUUGAAGUCAUCCUGGUGGAAGAUCAUGCAGAUGAGCAUGCCGGAUAUUGCCGAGUAUAAACGUCUUUGCAGAAGCCCUGGCAACUACAACAGUCCGUUGCCAAGCGAGAUGGCGUUGAGGGAGAUGUUUGAAGCGAUAAAGCCGGGACAUGAGAGAAAGACGAUAAAAUCAGUCGCCACACAGACCGGAGGGAUCCCAGAGGAUACAGUCUCCGGAAGCGACCCACGGUACUACUUCCCCGUCAUCCACCGCGAGAGACGUGUUUCUCUGUGA